GCCGCACUCUCUAGUUGCUAUCAGACUUCCGCCUCGGUAUUAUAAUCAAUAAAUCUUAAUCCAUGCACCACUUUCAUGAUAUCGGUAUUGUUUAAGGAUCUGCGCUCCUCCACGUUUCCGGUUGCGCUCGAGGCUUGGCGCUGAGGUCGCCAUGGCAGCUCACGCGAGCGAACUGGAGCUGGCGAAGAAGAACCUAACGGACGCCAUCGGAGACAAUAUAAAGCAUUACUGGGCAAAUCUAAAGCUGUGGUUUAAACAGAAGAUCAGUAAAGAAGAGUUUGAUGUUGAAGCUCGCCGCCUCCUGGGACACGAUAAUGUUCACGUCCACAAUGACUUCCUGCUGGCCAUCCUCACACGCUGCCAGAUCAUUGUAUCUGCUCCAGCAGAGGGUCCCAGCUCACUGCAGUGGUCCGUCGGUCCUCCCUCGAAGCCUGCCAAGCUGAAAGGCAAAAAGAAAUUUUCCUCUGUGCGACAGAAAUUCGACCAUCGCUUUCAGCCCCAGAACCCGCUGAGUGGAGCGCAGACGUUCAGCCCCCGCGAGCCCGGAGCCGAGGAGGACGAGAUGAAGCUCAGCGCUCACACCCUGCUACUGCCGACUCGGGGGCAACUGGAAGCCCGGAUGAUGGUCACCGCCUUCGAGAUGGGCCUGGACAACGUCACCGAGGACGCCGUGAGCACUAUCGUGUGCGCUCUAGAGGUGCAUCUGAAAGACCUCAUCACGGCGGUGGUGUCGAGGAGAAAAGCCUACCGCCUGAGAGACGGACACUUCCGAUACGCCUUCGGCAACGACGUCGCCCCGCAGCCGUACCUCAAGAACAGCCUGGCCGCGUACCACACCCUCACAGAGUACCCCCCUCCUAGUGCCUCGCUGCAGGCAGCUCUGCCUCCUCAGGUGUCUCCUGAUGAUGCAGAACAGCAGGCUGCUUUCCUAUUGGCCUGCUCUGGCACCAGCGCCCCCGCCCCUCUGCCUCCCAUCAGCUUGUUCGAUCUCCUUGAGGCGCUACAGGUGCACCGCAGCGUAAUGCCGUCUCACACCGUGUACGCUCUGAACGUGGAGCGCAUCCUCGCCCGCCUCUGGCACCCGAGUCACGAGGAGCUCGAGCAGGACAACAUCCACAGGCAGCGGCUGGCCGCCAAGGAGGGUCUGUCACUCUGCUGAGGCGCCAUCUAAGUGUACACUAUCGUCAGUGCUCGGACGAUACAGUUCACUUCAAAUGAAAACAAUCUCUUGUUACUCACGGACCAGGUGUGGUUUUACAUAGCUAGUCUGUGCUAACAUUUUCGACAAAAUUAUGAUAUCCUGGUCUUUGUGGUGGUGUUUUGCAUUUUUGUAAAUAUCUGUUUAUGAAGUAAUGUUUUGUUUUUGUUUUUUUACAUUGUAAUGGUUUAUAAAUACAGGAAAUACUGUAAACCCUG